GCAUACGGCAGGGCUGCAAUGAUUACUUCAUGGGUUCUUGAAAAGAUUGUUGUCGAGGGUUCCUUCCGUGAAAUACCCUUCGGCUUUGUUCAACGCUUCAUCCUCGUUUUCAAAUUCAUCAAACGUAUCGUGCAAAGUUUAUUAAACAG